AUGUCUUCUCUCACGCUGAAACUGGUGUCUCUGGCCGUCAGAACCGCGGCGAAGCCCAUCGGUAAUUACAUCAAGAGGCAAGCGAAAGAACAUGAGGGCUUUCGUCGCUUUGCUGUCGGCGCCGCACAAGGUGUACAUCGCUUGGACAUGCGCAUGCGACUCGGCCUCCUUCACGACCCAGAAGCACAGCAGCGGAUGCACGAGCCACACAAGCCAAAGAUUCGUCCCCUGACCGAAGCCAGAGCCAUUGAGCUUGGAGCGAACUUCUUUUCCGAGGCAUUCAUCUUCGGGGUAGCGGUUGGUCUACUGCUCUUCGAGAAUUGGAGAAGCCGGAGUAAGGCUUCAGCACGGAGAGAUGAAGUGUCUGAGAGGCUGGAACAGCUGGAGGCUGAAGUCGAAAGCUUACGAGCCACGCUUGAU